GCUUGGGUGACUAGACCCAACAGUGGCAAUGGCUAUUCUGCCUUCACUACGCAAUCUGAUCAUCAGCCACUCCUUAUGGUUGAGACCAGCUCCACCACCACUACCAGCCAUAGCUUUACUGUUAUCCCACCUCUCUCCCAAAUCCCUCUCUCUCUCUACUCUCUCUCCCAAAACCCCAACUAAACCCCACGCUUCACACAACACGCUGGUUCUGACCAAAGACCACCGCUUCAGUGAGCAUGAACAACCGGUCCAUAGCCAGAACCAGAACAGUACCAUUGCGGCCAUUGUUACUUCAUUGGGUGGUCCUCCUGGUGCUGUUGGAAUCGUGCGGCUAUCGGGUCCCUCUGCGGUUUCUAUUGUAUCCCGUGUGUUCCGACCCAUCAAAAACAACGACAAGAAGAAGAGCUUCGGUUCCUCUUCGUGGCGACCCAUUAGCCAUGUCGUCCAGUACGGUGUCGUUUUGGACCCUCAUGCCAAUGUCCUCGACGAGGUUAUAGCAAUACCCAUGUUGGCUCCAAGAUCUUAUACUCGUGAAGACGUGGUUGAACUUCAAUGUCAUGGGAGCGAAGUGUGUCUGCGCCGAGUGUUGAGAGCUUGUCUAGAAGCUGGAGCUAGGCUUGCAGACCCAGGAGAAUUUACUCUUCGUGCCUUCCUAAAUGGCCGCUUAGACCUCUCCCAAGCAGAAAAUGUUGGAAAGCUGAUUUCAGCAAAGUCUGUGGCUGCUGCAGAUGCUGCACUGGCAGGAAUUCAGGGAGGCUUUUCUUCUCUGGUUAAAUCACUAAGAACACAGUGCAUCGAGUUGCUUACUGAAAUUGAAGCUCGCUUAGAUUUCGAUGAUGAGAUGCCACCAAUAGAUCUGAACCUAAUCAUGACUAAAAUACAUGCCAUGUCACAGGAUGUUGAGAAUGCAUUGGAGACAGCCAAUUAUGACAAGCUUCUGCAAUCUGGAUUACAGAUAGCAAUUGUUGGCCGUCCAAAUGUUGGGAAAUCAAGCCUUCUUAAUGCUUGGAGCAAAAGUGAGAGAGCAAUAGUUACAGAAAUUGCUGGAACCACUCGGGAUGUGGUUGAAGCAAGUGUCACAGUUCGUGGUAUUCCUGUGACCCUUCUUGAUACAGCAGGCAUUAGGGAGACUGAUGACAUCGUGGAGAAGAUUGGUGUGGAGAGAUCUGAAGCAGUUGCUAUGGGGGCUGAUGUAAUUAUCCUGACAGUAAGUGCUAUUGAUGGGUGGACUUCAGAAGACACAAAACUUCUUGAUAGGAUUCAUUCUAAUAAGAAAACAAUUGGAUCCUCCUCCCCAGUAAUUCUUGUAGUUAACAAAAUAGAUUGUGCUCCAUCUGCUCAAACCGAAUGGGUUGAUAGGGAUGGCAAUUCUUUCAGCAAGCAUGUUUUUACAUGUGCUGUUACUGGCGAAGGAAUUCAGGAUUUGGAGACAGCAAUACUAGAAAUUGUGGGUCUCAACAGGAUUCCUUCAGGGGGGCGCAGAUGGACUGUGAACCAGAGGCAAUGCGAGCAGCUUGUUCGAACCAAGGAAGCUCUUUCAAGGUUGAAAUCAUCAAUAGAGGAGGAACUGCCUCUUGACUUUUGGACGAUUGAUUUGAGAGAUGCUGCUUUGGCCCUUGGGCAGAUAAGUGGAGAAGAUAUCUCAGAAGAGGUUUUGUCAAACAUAUUUGGCAAGUUCUGUAUUGGUAAAUAAUAUUGUUCCCAAUAUCUGAAACAUGAUGUAAAGUGCAAAAUUUUGCUUUUGUUUUGGUUUGUUUUUCCCUUUUCUAUUCUUAUUCUAAAAUACUUGUGGCUGAUACCAGCAAUAUGAGCAUCAUGCUAUAGGAGGCUCAAGUAUAAGAGAUGAUUUAAUGAAAUAUACGUUUCUGCAUUUUUUAAAGGUAAA